GACACAAACACGUGUCACCCUUCCUCCUCCUCCGUCGUCAUCGUUCAUCUCUCCAAACGAACGUAACGACCGAGGAGUCAGCAAAAAAAGAGAAACAUCUCUCCUUUAAAAACUUCUCACCAUGGUUCUCCGAUCAAAAAAACUACGCACAUUCCUCUUCAUCAUAACCAUAACCAUAACCACCCUCUCUCACGUUUCUCUGUCUCUCCACUUCGAUUUGAAAUCAGGCCAAUCAAAAUGCGUGUCGGAAGACAUCAAAAGCAACGCAAUGACGGUCGGAAAAUACACCGUCGUUAACCCCAAUGAGCCUCACCCUAUUCCACAAUCUCACAAAAUCAACAUAAGGGUGACGUCGAGUCAUGGGAACACGUAUCAUCACGCGGAGGAGGUGGACUCGGGACAAUUCUCGUUCACGGCUGUGGAAGGUGGAGAUUACACGGCGUGUUUCGCUGUUAGUGAUCAUAAACCUGACGUGACGUUGAGUAUUGGUUUGGAGUGGGGGACGGGUGUUCAUUACAAGAGUUUGGGUAGUUUGGCUAAGAAGAGCAAAGUCGAAGUGAUGGAGUUUGAAGUAAAGGCUUUGAUUGAAACUGUCAACGCGAUUCAUGAUGAGAUGUUUUAUCUUAGAGACAGGGAGGAAGAGAUGCAGGAUUUGAACAGGGCUACAAACUCGAAGAUGGCGUGGUUUGGUUUGGUGUCUCUUUUUGUGUGCUUAGGAGUUGCUGGGAUGCAGUUUAUGCAUUUGAAGACGUUUUUUGAGAAGAAGAAAGUCAUCUAAGAUGAUUUUAGAUGGAAUAAUUCCACUCUUUCUUUAAUCAUCUCGAUGAAUUUUUUUGUUCCGUGGGUGUGUUUUGUACGUUUAGAUCUUUGGGGCUUGAGCAUGUGUUCUCUUGAAACUGGAAACUAAAUGAAUGUGAAAAUGAUUGCCAUUUUUGCAGUUUCUGUCAACAUAAAGAAUAAC